AUGGGACAAGGCCAUCCUUCCUCUCAGCGCUCACUUGAGAGUAACGUGCUUGAUAAAUUAGCAAAAGAGACACACUACGAUAAAAAGGAAAUCAAACAAUUACAUUCACAAUUUUAUACAGAGGUUCCGAGUGGGUUUAUUCCGAAAGAGGAUUUUAGUCAAUUAACGGAAUUGAUGGGAAUUAAAGAUCAAUUUAUAACAUCACUUGUAUUCAAUGCGUUUGACAGAGAUCGAGAUUCAAAAAUUUCAUUUGACGAAUUUGUCUAUGCAAUGAGUGUGAUGACAAGAGGAACAGCAGAUGAAAAGUUAGAGUUUGCAUUCAAGCUCUAUGAUUUAAAUCAUGAUGGAUACAUUUUAAAAAGUGAAAUGACAAGAAUUGUCAGUGCUCUCUAUCAAAUGUUGGGAGACUUGGUUACACUCCAAGGAGAUUUUGAUACACCUGUAAAAUUAGUAGACAAAAUAUUUAUGGAAAUGGAUACAAAUGGAGAUGGGAAAUUGACAUUGGAAGAAUACAAAAUUGGAGCAAGGAAAUGUCCAGAGAUUGUGAAUGGGCUUGGGCUCUUCUUUUAA